CAGGAGGACGAGUGGGGAAGGAAAUCAUGGACGGACACGUCCACACGGAGCUAUUUUGACAGCGUACCAUCAAGAAGCAGCCGAGAUCGCGCCGUAAGCACAGGGAAGUGCGGAGACAUUUAUGCUUUUUAUUGACCAGCGAAACCCUGAUUUAACUGCAGGUGACUAGUAGUUUCUAAAAUAAAUGGAACCGUAAAUAAAGCGUCCCCAGAGAGCUGGAUAUUAAGCUGCCGUUACAGAGACGCCACAUCGUUGAAAAUGCCGCGGAGAAAGGUGGGACAGCAUCACGUCAUUGCUAAUGUUAGCCGCGCAGAGAGAACGGCCGGAAGCAGCUCAGACGGGACGGAGGAUUCCGAUUUUUCUGCCGACCUCGAGCACGCCGAACCUCCUGAAAACGUCCGGCGGCGGAGCAGCACGCGCCUGACUCGCUCCUCGCUGCGCCUCAGCCAGAGUUCACAAGGUAGUUCUGAAAACAGUCGAUCAGCUCGCGGUCUGUCCUCUGCUGCUGGGGCUCCAGACGAAGGCCCAGACGCGGCUGCAGACUCGGCAGCACCGGCUUCUGUCUUCUCCUCUGGCCGCAGGAUCACACGCAGCCAGCAGGGGGCGAGCAGCGCCGCAGCUAAAAAGUACCCGCUGCGACAAAGCCGCUCAUCGGGCUCUGAUACUGAAGCAAACGACGUGAAGCAGGGGGCGGACCGGGACGAGACUCCUCCCCGCACCCCGACAGGCAACGCCCCGUCUUCAGAGUCGGACCUCGAGGCCUCCAGCCCCAACAACGAUACCGUGACGUCCAGCAACGACAUCAUAGUGUCUCAGGAGGAGGACGAGAGGCUAGCCAAAGAGCUGUCGCUAAAGGAGGCAGCCGCCCACGACCUCUCCCACCGCCCCAAACGACGGCGAUUCCACGAAAGCUACAACUUCAACAUGAAGUGUCCCACACCUGGAUGCAACUCGCUGGGUCAUCUGACAGGAAGACACGAGAGACACUUCUCCAUUUCUGGAUGUCCGCUCUAUCACAACCUCUCUGCAGAUGAAUGCAAGGGCAAAGCAUCGACGCGUGACAAGCUGGCCGAGGAACGGACGCUGUCGCACCGGCACGACGAGAACAGACACUCCACCAGAAACCAGGCUCCGUCUGAACGUCAGCUGCGCUACAAAGAGAAGGUGUCGGAGCUGAGGAGGAAGAGGAACUCGGGCCUGAAUAAAGAGCAGAAGGACAAAUACAUGGAGCACCGGCAGAGCCACGGGACGAGCCGGGAGCCCCUUCUGGAGAACAUCACCAGCGACUACGACCUGGAGCUGUUCAGGAAAGCGCAGGCACGUGCCUCGGACGACCUUGAGAAGCUCCGCCUGGCGGGUCAGGUGUCGGAGGGCAGCAACAUGAUCAAGACCAUCGUGUUCGGCCGCUACGAGCUGGACACCUGGUACCACUCCCCGUACCCGGAGGAGUACGCCCGCCUGGGGAGGCUGUACAUGUGCGAGUUCUGCCUCAAGUACAUGAAGAGCCAGACCAUCCUGCGCAGACACAUGGCCAAAUGUGUGUGGAAGCACCCACCAGGAGAUGAAAUCUACAGGAAAACCAACAUCUCUGUCUUUGAAGUGGACGGAAAGAAGAACAAGAUCUACUGUCAGAAUCUGUGCCUGCUGGCCAAGCUCUUCCUGGACCACAAGACUCUGUACUACGACGUUGAACCCUUCCUCUUUUACGUCAUGACUGAAGCCGACAACACGGGCUGUCACCUGGUCGGAUACUUUUCCAAGGAGAAGAACUCCUUCUUGAACUACAACGUGUCCUGCAUCCUCACCAUGCCUCAGUACAUGCGGCAGGGCUACGGCAAGAUGCUCAUCGACUUCAGUUACCUGUUAUCCAAGGUGGAGGAGAAGGUGGGCUCUCCGGAGCGCCCCCUGUCUGACCUGGGCCUCAUCAGCUACAGGAGCUACUGGAAGGACGUUCUGCUGCGCUACAUGAACAACUUCCAGGGCAAGGAGAUCUCCAUCAAAGAGAUCAGCCAGGAGACGGCGGUGAACCCGGUGGACAUCGUCAGCACGCUGCAGGCCCUCCAGAUGCUGAAAUACUGGAAGGGGAAGCACCUGGUCCUGAAGAGACAGGAUCUAAUCGACGACUGGAAGGCGAAGGAGACCAAACGGGGCAACAGCAAGACCAUAGACCCCACAGCCUUAAAAUGGACCCCCCCUAAAGGGACAUAGAAGCUCUGAAGGUCCUGUCUCUCACUGGCAUGCUCAUUUCAGCCUCUGCAGCCGCAGCACUUAAAGCUACUGAGGUCUGGGUCUCUUAUGGUUCAAACAGGCGCUGGGCUGUUAUGUUUCAGCACUAACCCCCUCCUGAAGAGUUAGAAAUAAAUGACUUCACAGUUGAAUA